AUGGUGAGCGAGGUGGAUGAGCUUGAUAGGAGCAAUCUGGCCUGCAUAUUUGGAAGGAAUCCUGAGGGCACAGCGCCGGUGCAGCCGCCCAUCCCGCGCAUGCGAGAGCUCUUAGAUGCUUCAGACCACUUGAUUGCUCUGAUCGACCACCCUGACAAGGUAGUUGACAGGCUUGCUGGCGAUAUCCCAGUCUUCAUUAGGGCAGAUGACUGGGAAGACACAGCCGAGGAGAUAGAUGACAGGUUCCUGGGGGAUGCGGAGAUCUGGAGGCGGCCAUCAAAGGGCACAGCAAAUCCUAGGGGUGGGGACCGGCCCUACCUCAGCAACGAUGGCGAGCACAUCCUGGAGAUUCGAUUUGAUGAGACUCUGCGGCUGGAUGGCAAGGCAGAUGUGGGGUACAGGGAGAUUGCUGCAGCCAUUGAGGAGAUUCCUGGUGUGGUUGCACAUGGGCUUAUCGUGCGAGCGGGGGUCACAGCGGUGGUGGCUGCACCCUCUGGACCCCAAGUUAUUGAGCAAGUGAUGCCUGUGCUGUGA